CCCGCGGAUGGGCGGGAGCGCCGGAGUAGCGGCGGCUGUCGGGGCGUCGCGAAGGAAGAGACGGCUGCACCGGUGGCAAUCCAGGCCGAGCGGCCCGGAGAGGGGAAGGUGUCCAGGGCUGGAGCCGCUCCCAUCCCCCGGUGCUGUGGGGCAAGAUGCCCCGCCGGAAGCAGCGCCACCCACAGCCCGUCAAAGUGGACGUUCCUGGUGCUCCGGCCGAGCCGUCAAGAGAGGAGAGCCCGGCGCCGCAAGCCAGCUUCCUCUUAAAGCAAGAGCUGUCCCUGUCCCUGGAGGACGAGGAGGACAGCAGUGCCCCAAUUCUGGCCUUCGAAAAGGACUCAGAAGGCGAGGGAGAGGACAAAGUGAGGAUUCCCACAGCUGCCCACCUGAUGUCCCCUCCUUGUGUGCUGCAGACUCCCUCGGGGGGACACCUGGACUGCCAGCUUACACGCUGAGUGACGAGGAUCUCCCAUCUCUGUGCCAGGCCCAGGACGAAGAUGGAGAGAAUGAAGGGCCGGGUCGGGCUUGCCAGCACUGUGGCCUGCCUAGUCCUGGUUCUACUCCCUGCUGCCCCUCUGAAGUAGGGGAUGAGGAAGGCUCCCCUAAGGGGCGUGUAGUCUUUUCCUGCCAACUAUGCCCCUUCGCCUCACACUACUCCAGCCACCUCAAGCGGCACAUGAAGACUCACAAUGGCGAGAAACCUUACCGCUGUCCACAUUGCCCGUAUGCCUCAGCUCAGCUGGUUAACCUGACACGCCAUUUGCGAACCCACACUGGUGAGAAGCCCUACCACUGCCCCACCUGCCCCUUCGCUUGCAGCAGCCUUGGCAACCUCAAGAGACACCAGCGGGUCCAUGGCCAGGAACGUCCUGUGCGCUGUAGCUCCUGCAGCUGCCACUGUGUCCAGGGGAAUUCCCUACAGCAUCACAGCGCGGGGAUCCAGGGGGAGUCGGAGGCAGAAAUGGAGGGACCACCCAUUGCAGAUCAGGAGACAGAGCCACCACCAUUGCUGCCUAGUUCCCCAUUCCUGCAGGCGGAAGACUCUAACACAGUUCUUCCUGAGCUGCUCUUCCCGUUCACGUGCAGGGCAUGUGGAUUGGUGCUACAAGCUGAUGAAGGCUUGGGUGAGCCGGUGUGUGGGCGUUGCAGCCUGGCAGCGCUGGGGGCUGAACCAGCCUCACCAAAAGGCUUCUCCUGCCAAUUAUGCCCUUUUAUUACCACCUAUCCUAACCACCUGGCCCGCCAUAUGAAGACACACAGUGGAGAGAAGCCCUUUGCCUGUGCUCUCUGCCCAUAUGCCUCAGCCCACCUGGACAACCUCAAACGGCACCAGCGGGUGCACACUGGUGAGAAGCCCUACAAGUGCCCCCUAUGCCCUUAUGCCUGUGGCAAUCUUGCCAACCUCAAACGCCACGGACGCAUCCAUUCGGGGGACAAGCCUUUCCGCUGCCGUCUCUGCCCGUAUUCAUGCAACCAGAGCAUGAACCUCAAGCGCCACAUGCUGAGGCACACAGGCGAAAAGCCCUUUCAGUGCCGCAUCUGCCCCUACACUACUGGCCACUGGGACAAUUACAAGCGUCACCAGAAGGUGCACGGGCAGGGCCUGGUGGAGGAAGGAGGGCCUGGCCCAGACAGUAGCCUGACCUAAUAUUGAAAGACUCCUUGGGCUUCUGAGCUCUCGUUAUAGUUGCCUGCUGUCAAGCCUGUGUAAAAGAUUGACUGGGAUGCGCAGGAGGAGGAGCUGUAUGUACCUGCAGGAGCGGCAGCACCCCCUUGCUUUUAAGAAAGGGUGCUUUCCUUUGCUGAAAAGCACCUCAGGGCCAUGCCCUGUCCAUUGCUUCUGUGCAUAGGAAGAAAAAGGCAUCUGCUCUGCAGACCAUUCUCUGAAAUUUACUCUGUGGGACAGCUGAAGCCUGCAGAGAAGAGCUCCUUUGUCCUCUUUUGUCCUUUUUGUGCCUCCCUUCUCUAGUCCUUUAAUUGUGGUUGCUGCUUGAAUCUGUGUAAUUUAUAUGGUGUAUUAAUGCAUUAAACUGUUUUCUUAUCUGGCUUUAUUUGGGCUGGCAAGAGCAGCUGGAGACUAACUGGCAAACCUGAUCACACUGCAGUUGUGCUGCUGCUGAACUGGCCUGUGUGAGCAUGUUUACAGUAGGCGUAUGAUCUCUUUUCACUAUCUUCUUUUCAGCGGGAGAGAAAAGGAGAUAACCUGGUUUCAGUAAUGUGGCCUCCACCGUGUCCAUAACAGCUACCUUAUCAUUUUUGCUUGGGCACGCAGCUCUAGUGCCAAGGGGUAGCAAAUGCCCUCAUGUCUAGAGGAGCAGGAACUUGGGGAACUGGAUGCCAUAGAGAGAAGGGCUCACAGGAUUUAUUUCCAAUCAUGAUUUAUUUAAUCAUUGUCACAAACAUUUGUUAAUGUUCAAAUGUAAACAGCAGGUAGAUAAACAAGAUUACAAGCCUAGCGGUUAUAGUUAAAAGUCUACAGUGAGCAUCAAGAGUUGUGUAUGCUCUUUGUGCAAAUGUCCACUCUACCCUAGUUUGGCAUGUAUGAAGCUGAAGCUACUAGCCAGCUCUGCAAAUUGCCUCUGCAAGCAGAGACUCUGGCGAAGGACACACAGCCAGCUAGGGCUGAGGCACACCGAGAUCAACCCACAAGCAGGUCAUACAUUCCACAAAGAUGUUUUGGGCAAAGCAGGGCACUUAAAGGUCCUCAUCGCCGAUGCCCUCAAAGGCAUAGUUGCCGUGGAAAUCAUUCGCGCCAAUGUCAUUUGAAGAGCUGGAAUGGCUGAUGGCCCGUAAGCUGACAGAGCCCAGUUUGCUCUGGGUAAGGGAGAGAAGAGGUGCAGAUUAGCAAGAGCCAUGGUAGAUCAUAUGAAUUUUUCCGCAGGGAGGGAUAAGAAGAAUAAUUACUCACCGAGACUUUCAUAAUAGGGUCCCUACUACCAUCAGGGGAAUCCUAGCAAGACACACAGGUAUGUCAAAGGGAGAAAGACCAAUUGAAGGGAAAAGGAAGAAGCAGAGAUGACAGGAUCUACUUACCAAAAGAGGAGGGGAUUUCACUGCUUGCUGGCUGUCUGAACGCUGUAAAGCUCCAAUGGUUCGUCUGCGGAACAUCUAUGAAAGAAGAGAGAGGUAUCAAGGUGCUUGGAAGCACCUAUCCUAACAUACUGCUUUUGUAGAUGACCAGGAAAGACAUCUGACCUAGCCAUCUCCACCAAAGGGAUAAGAAGCCUGAGUCUCACCUUACGUAUGCUCCCUCCAGACUUCUUCACCAUCAGCUCAUCCACCAUGGACUGCAAGCAGAUGCUCAACAUUAUAGCCUAAGAAAUAAGAAAGAGAAAAGUUCUUACUUCUCUGCAGUAUUAUCCCAACUGGUGCAGACUUGAUUUUGUAAACUUAGGAUAGGAAAAAACAAAUUUGAUACUGGAGUUAUGAUUGGGGAGCGAAUAAUAAAAUUGAGCUUGUUUCCA